AUGUUACCAGCCAGUGAUACAGGAUUCAGUUAUGUCAUUGGCCGAGAACGGGAACAACGGGAGUUACUAGCUCUCCUGGGACAGAAUGAUCCAGUGAGUUCGUGUAUUGUCCUUACCGGCCCAUCUGGUUGUGGAAAGUCUGUACUUCUUUCUUCCACAUUCACACAACUGCAACGUUUGUACGGACAGAAGUGGAUACUUGUCAGUUGCCUAGAGGGUUGCUGUUCACCGACUCACUCAGUUUCUGCGAAUGUGUCGUCCAAACUACUUUUCGAACUCAUUAUACACUCUAUCGUCUCAAAAUGCACACCUCAGUCCACCGCAACUGCCUACCGCUGUGAUGGCCCUGCGGCAUUUGUAGAAAUAUUGUCCGAUCUGUUGAGGACAAUGAAAAAUGCAGAUCCCGUUUCACCAGUCAGUCUUGUACUUGUGUUGGAUCAAGCAGAGAAGUUGCGUGAUUCCGACCCACUUUUGCUACCCCUCCUAGUACGGCUCGGGUCAUUGGUCCAGGAUAAUCUGAACCUUGUUGACAAUAGGAUUGAUGCUCGUCUAGUCACUUUGCUGAUCACUCGCUCACCAUGGGAGAAGUUCUCUUCGGGUACAUUCCAUCUUGAACCUGUUGUCCUUGCAAUGAGCAGUUACUCGCGAGAUCAAAUGACGCAAAUUCUAUUGUCGCUUCGACCUCCAGAGGCUUCAGAAUUACGCUUCAGCAGAUUCGUGGACUUAUUACUCACUGUCUGCUUCCCCGUCUGUCGCAGCGCUGGUGAAAUUAUUCACUUAAUGCAGGUGAAUUGGCCAGCAUUUGAAGAACCAGUGGUUAAGGGCCUUGUCGGUCCUGACGAUGAGUGGGGUCAGUGGAAGCUAGCUCAGCCUACUUUGAAGCGUUCUCUUGCAACGCUCUACCUGCGUCCACAGUCAUCAUCCACAGCAUGUGCUGAUGGUGAGGGCAUUAUCCCAGCCACUACCCUCGAGUUGCCUUAUUUCUCUCGCUUUAUGCUUAUCGCAUCAUUUUUGGCCUCAUAUAACCCCCGUGAAGCAGACAAGAAGUUUCUAGUCAAGAAUACGGGAAAACUGUCCACACAACGCAAACGUCGAGAAAAGAAGACCGAAAGAGGACCACGAUUAUUCCCACUGGAUAGACUUUUCGCCAUUUUCCAUGCCAUACUUCGAGACCAAGCCGAACCAACCUUAUGCACCAGUCUAUUGGUCAGCCAAGUUGCUUGCCUCACCGCUUUGGGAUUGCUCUCUGCUGCAUCCCCGGCAAAUGCGAUCGGUGGUUUGUACACAACCGGGAUGUUUAGUGGCUCGGCUAGUUUGAACGAUGUAGAUUCUUUGGCCAACCCGCGAUACCGAUGUCUACUCAGCUUUGAGGCUGCCAAAACUAUUGCUCAGUCGUUGGACUUUGACCUUCCUGCUUACCUGACCGACUUUUGCGGCGUUUGA